AUGAUUCCUUUGGGUGUACUGGGCUAUGCUGUCCAAGGGAUUAUCUACGCAGGGCUCUACGGAUAUCAAGACUAUUACCCAUUGCUUACUUCGCUGCGACACGUCCGCUCACUCAAACCCUCAACCUCUGAAGACGGAACGACAGGAAUCCUAGGUCGAACGAAUAACACAUCGUUUUGGUCGACGAUAUAUCCUAUCAAAGGCUUGGGAACAUGGCUUGUUGGCGCGGCUGCAGAAUCCGCUCUGGAGUUCUACCUAAAAAAGUCUCUUCCGUCCUUCCUCGUGAAAUGCAUCACAACGAUCAUCCUCGCACCUCUGAAAUUCCUCUGGAUUCGAUCGGUCAUGUCCGAUUAUCCUAUAUCUCUCAACUCAAACAUCAGACUCCUCCGUUGCGUCACAACUAAGCAGUGGUUUCACUUCAUCGGUACCCUGUUAGCUUGCGACAUUGUCGAUGAGAUACCAGAGCUUGUCUGCAAGCUUGGCCUACUCUUGCUGUUGUCAAACGGUGCCGAUGUAGUUGAAGAGUGGGCGAAGGAGAAUACCACGAUGAUUGGAAUCAUAACCAUCGGUAUGUUCUUCGCCCUGCAGAUCAUAGACGCGGUUAUCAGUGUUCCAAAGACUGUGGCGGGCGUCGAGGCUGCUCCUGAUAUACACGAGGCAGGGGAAGGCAGGAGUACACGUGAACUAUUGGUGGAUAUCAAGACAUCGUUGCAAAGCAUGAACCUUUCAUUGUGGUUCCGAUUCGCGGUCUAUCAUUGCAUCACAUUUGUCAUGGCUCGUAUUGCAUCUGCCGCUGGGGCAUUGGGCAAUAUGGAAGUCAACAUUAGUUGGAAGGACCCUUUAUAG